AUGUGGGACUGGAGCGGAGGAAAGAUGGCGGCUGCCAUGUUCCAGAUGUCCUGUUUGUACCGGGGCAUGUUAGCGGUCCGGGUCCCCGGAGUCCGGACCCUGAUCCCCGGUCUGGUCCCGGCCCAGUUCCGGACCUUCUCGGUGCGGAAAGAACCGGAACUGGAGGAGAACCCGUUCUACGGGAAAUACCAGGACCGGAUCCAGAGGCUUCGCAGCGCCAAACCGCAGGAGUUCAAGGCUCGAGUGGAGAAACGUCAUGAAACCAAGAAGGAGGUGCUGGGACACUCGAAGCAGGCAGAGUUCAUCAAGCUCAUGGAGCAGGAGCUGGAGAACAAGGACAAGAUGGCUGCCGACGGAGCAUCAGGAGGUUUCACCAAGAACAAGACUCUGAGCUCCAUCCUCAACAUGGAGAAGAUCCAGGAGAUGACGGGGGAGGAGAUCACAGAGCUUUGGAUGAAAUAUUAUUCGUCGCAUGAGACGAUCAGCGCCGUCAUCCCGACACAGAUCUACGAGAUGAUCCUCAACAGGUCGGAGUCUUGUCCGAUGUUCCUCUACGCUCUGCCUCAGAACGAGGGUUACGAGUUCUUCCUGGGUCAGUGGUCCGGACACCAGCUGCACUUCACCUCCCUCAUCAACGUGCAGACGAUGGGUGAGCACGCCCCCAGUCAGCUGAUCCUCUACCACUACCCGGAGCUGAAGGAGGAGAAGGGCAUGGUCCUCAUGACGGCUGAGAUGGAUCCCAAGUUCAUCACCGUCCACCAGGCUCAGUGCUUGGCCAAUCAGGUGCAGCUGUUCUACGGCACACUGAGGCAGGAGACCUUCCGAUUGGUGGAGAUGUUCAACCACAAACCCGCAGACUUCAAACACAUGUCUGUGAUAGCAGAGCUGGAGCAGAGCGGCCUGGGCCCAGCGCCCCCCCCCCGGACGCUCAUAGAGACACUACAGACGGACUGAGGUCCCAGGAUCUGCUCGUCUGCUUUCCAGGAACUGAUGGUUUUCGUUUUAAAAAGAGACUCGGCGUCCUGCGCUGGGAUAAACCUCGACCAAUCACAGCCCUUCAUGCUGGAGCUGCUGUGAUUCAGGGAGAAAAGUUCUUCUCAUGAACUGUGAACUCUGUCUGGGACUCAGAUUGUUUCCACAGGAGAAUAAUGUGGUAACUGGUCGGUUCAGUAAUGAUAG